AUGUCGCCCUCAAGCUAUCUCUCUCAGCUUGCGAGUCCACAAUCUCAGCUCACACCUAGACCGCCCGGACGAGCCUCUCCGACAAGCCGCGCUGAUGACGCCGAGGCUGAAGACGAGCAGGAAACGAUCGGAUUCGUAGGGUCGACUUCUUUGUACGAGACUCCAAAUGCAAGCCCUGGGGGUCAUCAUGUCCGAGGCCCAUCCUCUUUGGGGGGCCACAGUAACGUCGAAUUGAGCAUGAGCGUGGAGACGCCCAACACCAGCGUCCACAGCUCAUCGACGCCGCUGCCGCCUCGUGCUCGGGACAAGGAGACUUCACUUGGCGGGACACUCCUCGAAGACCGCUCAAAAACCUUGGCCGAGCCAAUCAGUGAUUCGGAAUGUCUGACCUUGGUUGCGGACCUGAAGGCGCAAUCAAAGCGAGGUGUCACCUCAAGCGAGCUUUCCAUCCCGUCAGAGGGCGGCAUCGCUAGUCUAGACAUCUACACUCUGGACUUGUGUCACAAAAGGAUUGGAAACAUACCUGGGGAGGUAGUGGAUCUCAUCGGAAGUGACAUAAUUCGUCUCGCUCUGGGCUAUAAUACCAUCACCAGGCUGCCAGACAAUUUCGGGCAGCUGAACAAGCUACGCUAUCUCAACGUGCGCUGGAACCUCAUCACAGUAUUUCCAGCGUGCAUUUGCGAAUUGCCGGCUUUGGAGAUACUUGACAUUAGUCGUAACAAGAUUCGGAAGCUGCCAGCUGAGCCUGGCAGGCUACUUCAGCUACGGAUCCUAUCCAUCGCGAACAAUAGGUUGCGCAAGCUUCCUGCUUGGAUAGCGAAGAUGAAGAACUUGAGGACGCUAAUGAUUGAAGCAAAUCCCAUCACUUGGCCGCCACCUCACAUCAGCGUCAUGCCGACGACGCCAAAGACGCCUUACGCAGUGGUGCGUGAGAGAGCAGCUAAUGCGACAGGGUCCAGCGCCAGUCACCUUCGAGCCGAGUCUGGCCUGUCCUCAGCUGUCACAUCGGAUACGAUAGCGGGUGACAAGACGCCGAAGGAUGACAAAGCGGCCGCAGAUCGAUCCCGCAAGAAAGCCGAGGAGGCUAAGAUGGUCGAUUGGAUAGGCCAAGUCAAGAGCUGGCUGGCAAGGCACCCCGAGGCUGAUGAGGAUCGAAGGCUAGAAAACGCCUUGCCAUCAGGUUCGAGCAGAGAAUUUGAGGCAGCGAUGGGCUUCAACAUGACGAGCACCCCGCCUCCCGCCGAACGGAGAAUGCUACUGGGCACUCCUCAGCGCAGUGUAUAUGCAUCAACCGCACAAGACGCACGAGCUCAACCUUCGCAAGGCGCUGAGCGAGGUACAGCUCGAUCGGCGGACGUGGAGGCGAGCGCAGCACUUCUCAGCGACGAAGAGACAGAUCAUGGAGAGGUGCUUGCUCUAAAUCGAUCGCUUGCUGACUUCGCUCCGCGACAGACGCCAACGGCCACUCCCGCUCCGGCAUCACACGAGACGCACGCACACCAAAUGACGAGGGCAGAAGAUGAGCUCAGCUCCUCGCCAGCUAGAUCGAUCAUUUCGACACGCAGAAGGCGCGGCACGGACGAGAAUGCCACUACUGGCGAACGUAACCUAAUCUCUCCCCCCCCUGACGACUUCGACGAUCUCGAGCCGCCAAAAGUGCCGCCUAUCCCGCGGCAUUACUCCCCUCUCACAUCACCGGCUGUCGAAAAGGGAGCACGGCCACUCAACUUUGAUUCGAUCGAUGUCGAUGAGCCUAGUUUCGGCGGGCAAAGGGGCAGAGCGCUCUUCGCCGAGUCUCCACUUCUCGGUCAUGGGCGAAAUAAUUCCCACUCUGUAGCGCAAGCGACUGGGAAUAGCCAACCGCGCGGAUCCAAUCGAGGUAGUUUGUUGAGAGGCAAAAAGUCUUUGCCGGAGCUUCGAACAAGCGGUUCAUCCAUGAUUGGAAUGUCCUCGAGCCCAGACACUACUCAAGCACCCGGACACGUUGCGCCUCACGAGAUGGAAAUUUCUGCCAGCGCGCCUGAGCUGACAAAGACCUCUGGCAUGAACGCAGUUUCCGACGCUGUAGUCGGCCUGCAGAGCAGGAAAACGGCAGUGCUAGGUGCAGGCUUCCAAGGGAGACGCCCGAAUUUGCCCCAAUCCAUCUCAGCUGCCACGGCUGCGGGGCUCACCAGUUCUCGUGGCCAUCAGCCUCAACAUAGCACGGGUAGCGGAGGUGGAGGCCUACGGAAGCUCAGCUUAUCGACGGCUGCCACAGUUGGUGCAGCAGAUUUCGAUUCUCUUUCGGACGUUCGAACGGGAGAAGGGUCAGGCCGGCGUGCCGAGUUCCAGCGACCCGCUCGAGCUGCACAACCGCUUGGCUCACUUCAAGAAGAUGUGAGGGAUACAGCGACUGGAGAUGGAGGCGUGGAAGAAGAUGAUGGUGCAGUCGAAGUCGAGCGCAACAGCUACUUUCGACGCCUCUCGACGCUGCCGCCCUCGACUAUGAGCAAGUCCAUUCCAGUCGCCGUACCUCACCUAGUAGACGCAACUCGAGGCGUACUGUAUGCUCUGAGUCAGAUCUACACGGCAUUGAAGAGCUAUGUCUCCUUCGCGCUUGGCGCCGGCGCAGACGAACGCCACGCUGCGACUCACUUCAAGAAGGUGCUGGAGGUCGCGAGCGGCAGCAUGCGCGCACUUAUCAAUUCUUUAGACAGAUUCGACAGCUUGUCGCGCAUCAAAAAGGGUGCUCCCGAGCCGAGCGUCAUUCGUGCUAUCUUGAUCGCAGCACGUGACAGCGUCCGCACCUUCAGCAAGGUCGUCGCCGUGCUGCAGCGACAGCUCCAAAACUUGCUGCCGAGAGCGGAUAUUAGGUACACGAGAACACUGCUUCUGAUGCUGUACGGAAGCACUGCCGAGGUGGCGCUCGCUUGGAGCACGAUGGAGCCGCAUGUGCAAGCUGUGCUGCCGUAUCUCGCUCAGAAUGAGGCACCCACGACCCUGCCUGCGACACAUCAGUCUGCAGUACCUCCAAUGUCAGCACCUGCUCUGCUUCCUGCUCACUUGGGCAGCCAGCCUUCAUCGACACUGCCCAGCAUCGCUGAGGGUACAUCGCCUGUGCUGCAGCUGUCGCACACGAUCCGACCCGCGCCUACGUCCGCUGGCCAUCGUGGUCAACGUCGUCGACAUGCGGGCUCGUUCAGCGCGCACGAUGUGGCACAAGGUGCUACGAUGGGCGGACAUGGUCUCUCUGAAGAUCAGCCUUUUGAAUUGUCAGAGCUACGAAGCCAAGCACAGCAGGAGCAUAGAAGAAGAGCUGCGUCCAAUGCCGGUUCCAUCACGCCUUUCCAUUCAUUCGGCACGCCCGGCUCAGACGACGUGCUCCAACAGCAGCAAAAACAAGCGCGGGAUUCUUCACCCUCGCAGUCCCAGAGAUUACCGAAUAUUUUACCCCCGUACACUGCAAACCCUGCUCUGCGGUCCAAUCUGGCUGGUCCGGGCGUACCUCGCUCUGCGCUGCAAGCUCAGACUCAAGGCAUGUCGGCUCCGGCAACGUCCGUUCGGUUCCCUGGAUACGCAAGGUCGAUCAGCGACUCGCCUUUCUCCGCUGGCAGGAAUAAGCGCACACCUUCAAACGCGAGCGCAAGCGAGGCCGGCGGGCUUUAUCCUCUCGGCCGAGGACCUUUGACAGCACCAGCACCAGGAGGCACGGCGCCUCCGCCUGCUACCCCUGUCACGCCUGCUCCGUACCCUGCCGCGCUUGGAUUCUCUGCCAACACUCCCACCCCUGGCUCUGCUCUUGACCCUCAGCUGGUGGAGCUAGUGGCGGAAGUGACCUCCGUCGCAUCUGCUGUUUGGACUACACUGCUUGAGCAUCUUGCAUCCAUCGGAGUCAGAGCCGCAGGUCUUGGACCUCCCUCGCCAGGCCUGCCCGAAUCUCAAGCGCGUGUCAGAGGCAGACUGGCCAGCGGCCCCGAUGGAGCGUCCGCUGAAGGCAAGUCCUCUACAGAUGAAACAGCUUCCUCGAGCGGCGCAUCGACAAGCGCGGGUAGCAGCAGUCGAAGACUGCGAGAAGUGAGAGAGUUGGCCAUGUCCUCUGCGGAGCUGACUCGCAGGUUGCAGGCAACCUUGGAUAAGGUGCAGCAAGCUGCAGAGGAUGUCGAAGAGGAAGACCUAGCAAGCGAAGCGGGCGAAGCGAGAAGUCCGUUACCAGACAGUCGAGGGAGAGGUUCGGCCUUGGGGUUUGUAGAUGGCAGAAGACUGAGGGAGGAGUCAAGUCGUUUUGUUCGGGCCGUAAUUUCGAUUUCGACGCAGAUCAAGGCUACCAGCGUGGAGCAUGCGUUCCCCAAACCUAUUAUGAGAGCAGUUGGGGAGCUCACGACGCUUUCAAGGGAUCUCACUUUGCAUCUGCAUUUCAACGGCCCGUCAGGCAGCACCCCAAGCGCCACGCCAGCUGCGGCUUCUGUCGCACCAAAGUCGCUAGAGGCGGCUGGAUAG